UUCCCGACGACGACCUUCCUAAAAGAGCAAAAUACUAGACGCCACGGCACGGCGCGGCCCCACGGAGAGCUGAGUAGAUCACCACCUCGGCGGCCUCAUCGUUCACCACUGUCACUUCCCCGGCAAGAGCCGAUCGAGGGACGAGGAAUGGCGGAGCGGAAGCGGGCGCGCGUGGAGGCGGAGGCGGAGGAGUGGCAGAGGCGGAAGAGGGGGAGGAGAAGACAGAGGCGGGGCAGGAGGAAGAAGAGGGGCGACCCGGUGGAAGUGCUGGGGGAGGAGGUGAUGGGGCUGGUGAUGGAGCUCCUGGACGCGCGCAGCGUGGCACGAUGCACGGCGGUCUCCCGCGCCUGGUACGGGGUCGCCGCUGACAACCGCCUCUGGGCACCCAAGUGUGCUGAGUUGAUGGCGGGAAAGGCACACAUUCCUCGUUUGACAACGAUCCGCACUGCAUCGAAGUUGUCUACCUAUUCAAUGGCCAUCACGGAUGGCAAACGGAGUCGGAUCACAAAAGAGGAUCUCUGUGAUCAUGCUUGGGAAUAUUCCUUCACUACAGCAGCACCAGAAUACUGGAGGAACCUUGAUCCUUCAUGGAAGCGUACUGGUCCACCAAUGCGGCGGUACUUCCACCAUGAUGGUUACCACAGCGCAGACCCUCAUGAUGCGGUUUGGGGUGGCCAUGAGUGCGAGUACACGGUCAUUACAAGCUUUGUUGGUGAUGGACAAAUCAGGGAUCAUUAUGUGAGGAUCAACCGAUGGCCACCAAUGAAAGUGUCAAGGAAGGAGGAUUGGAGCUGGGAGCUAUCCAAUAACCUAUAUCGCUACAACAGCAUCCCUGAUGCUGACGAUAAAGGAUGUACAGGUCCUCUGUUCCCAGUCUGGUGAGUUCACUUCGAGGUAGAUCAGUGUCUGUGCGCGUGGAAUAUAUGAAGAGGCUGUGUCUAGUAGACUGGUAGCCAUGAGCUAUGAACGCUUGUGAACGUACCUAAUUAACCUUAGGUUUGUGCGCUAUAUGCACAAUAUAGUGGUUGCAUCGAACCUAUGGCGAUGAUAUGUGCCCAGUGCUCUUCCUGGUAAUUUGAUAUAUUUUAUUAAGUACGUGAUCUGUAAAAUACCCUAGACUAUUGCAUAUGGUAUGAUGUAUGGACCUCCUGUGAUGUAACAUAUGUAGUGUGCAGUGAAUCCGUUAGCUGCUGUUUAUCUCUGCUGAUAUAUAUGUGUGGUCAUAUCUUUGUCCCUGUAAUUUGUAAAUGAGAUAACAGAGAA